AUGGACCCGAACGGGCAAGGUGACUUGUCCAAAGGGGCUGCCUCGAUCGAAGAGAGCAUGGAAGAGAAACAAAGAUCAGCCUUAGCCAUCACCACACAGCAACAGAUAGACUCGGAAAAGUCAGACACCAGUCCAAGAACACCAGUCUCAGCCGGGCCGAAAUCCCCAACAUCUCCUGUGGUUCCCGGCUCUCCUGCAUCUUCCUCCUCCGCCGUACCUGCUGAUCUCCGAAAACUCGAUUCUAAGAUUGUUCAAGUGCGCGAAGUUCCAGAGGGCGAUGCGGCCCUGGCACAUCUGCCUGAGCAUGAGCGCCUUGUUCUCAAAAAGCAGCUGGAUGUUCCAGAAGUCAAAGUCACAUACAAGUCGCUGUACAGAUAUGCUACCACAUGGGACAAAGUCUUAAUAGCCAUUGCUGCGUUCACCGCAGUUGGUGCAGGUGCAGUCAUGCCCUUGAUGACCGUCGUUUUCGGGAAUUUGAGCGGCUCUUUCCAGGGCCUGGCUCUCGGCACCCUGCUAAACCAGUUCGAGGCUGUCCUGAACAAAAAUGUUCUUUACUUCGUCUACCUGGCCAUUGGAAUAUUUGUUCUCAUCUACAUUUCGACUGUGUUGUUCAUUUACACAGGCGAACACAUUACUGCCAAGAUUCGAGAGCAAUAUCUCAGAGCAAUUCUGAGCCAGAACAUUGGCUACUUUGACAAAAUUGGAGCCGGAGCUGUUACUACUAUGAUCACUGCUAAUACCAAUCUAAUCCAAGAAGCGAUCAGCGAAAAGGUUGGCUUGACCCUCACUGGGGUCGCCGCCUUCUUUGCCGCCUUUGUCAUUGGAUUCAUCAAGUUCUGGAAACUUACCCUAAUCUGCAUGAGCUCGGUCGUAGCAAUAGUCGUCCUCAUGGGCGCUGGCGGCGCGAAAAUGUCUGGCUGGAACAAGAAGUCUUUGGCCGCCUACGCUCUAGGCGGCUCUGUUGCAGAAGAAGUCCUUGCUUCAAUUCGCAACGCUGUCGCGUUUGGCACUCAGGACAAGUUGGCCAAACAAUAUGACGUCCACCUUCUAGAAGCAAGACACUGGGGAAUCCGCAGUAAAGCCGCCCUCGGCUGUAUGAUUGGAUCCCUUUUGUGUAUCAUUUUCCUCAAUUAUGGGCUGACUUUCUGGAUGGGAUCUCGAUUUCUCGUCUCCGGCGAGACUAGCCUGGCUCACAUCCUCACCAUCGUUUUGGCCAUUAUGAUCGGCGCUUUCUCUUUUGGGAAUAUAGGCCCAAAUGUUCAGCAUUUCGCUGCCGGUGUCGCCGCGGCCUCGAAAAUAUAUGCGACCAUUGACCGCGCUUCUCCGUUGGAUCCUUUGUCAGACCAAGGGAAAACCCUGGAGCAUGUGGAAGGUGCUGUGGAACUGAGAAAUAUCAAGCACAUCUAUCCAUCACGAGCCGAAGUUGUCGUCAUGGAAGACGUCAACUUGUCCGUGCCUGCAGGCAAGACCACAGCUCUUGUAGGUGCCUCUGGCUCUGGGAAGUCCACAAUCGUUGGGCUUGUUGAACGUUUCUACGAUCCGGUUGGAGGUGCCGUUUACUUAGAUGGCCAUGAUAUCAGCACACUGAACCUGCAUUGGCUUCGGCAACAAAUCUCUCUUGUGCAACAAGAGCCUGUUCUCUUCAGCCAAACUAUCAAAGGAAACAUCAAAAAUGGCCUGAUCGGGUCCAAGUACGAACAAGAGUCCGAUGAGCAGCAAAUGGCCAGGAUUAUCGAUGCGGCAAAGAAAGCCAACGCUCACGACUUCAUCUCAUCUCUACCGAAUGGGUAUGAAACCCACGUAGGUGAACGUGGCUUUCUCCUGUCGGGUGGCCAAAAGCAACGUGUCGCAAUUGCCCGAGCAGUGGUCAGCGACCCCAAAAUCCUACUUUUGGAUGAGGCUACAUCUGCACUUGACACAAAAUCCGAAGGGGUCGUUCAGCAUGCUCUGGAUGAGGCUGCAAAGGGUCGAACCACCAUCGUCAUUGCUCACCGCUUGUCGACUAUCAAGACCGCAGACAACAUCGUUGUCAUGCAAGGCGGCAGGAUUGUCGAGCAGGGCUCUCAUGACGAGCUCCUCGAACUGAGAGGUGCAUACUUUAACUUGGUAUCAGCUCAACGUAUUGGUGGGGACGAUGACGAGGAAUUCGAGAAAGACAUUGCAGGUAGAGACGAAGAAAUGGUCCGAAUUCAGUCGAAGAAAUCUGCAAGCUUGGCAGACAUGGACCCAGAUGAUGAAAAACUCGCAUUGGGUAGGUCGAAGAGCCAGAAGUCCGUUUCAUCAAAGAUUUUUGGCGAGAAGUCGGAGGACGGCGAGGUCAAAUACAGCCUCUGGACAUUGAUCAGUUUUAUCGCUCGGUUCAAUCGUACCGAAUGGAAACUAAUGGUAAUUGGCUUCUUCUUUAGCGCCAUUGCAGGCGCCGCUCAACCUGUCCAGGGCAUCUUCUUUGCCAAAGCGAUAGUGGCAAUGUCUCGCCCUUUGUCUCAAGCAGCCCAGAUCCGCAGCGACGUCAAUUUCUGGUGCUUGAUGUACCUGAUGUUGGCGUUCGUUGAUCUCAUCGCCAUGGUUAUCCAAGGAACUGCUUUCGCCUACUGCAGUGAAAGUCUGGUGCAACGGGCUCGCGACGGCGCCUUCCGGAGGUUUUUGAGACAGGACAUUUCCUUCUUUGACGAAGACGAGAAUUCGACGGGUGCACUCACAUCCUAUCUAUCAACAGAAACAACUCAUCUUUCUGCGAUUUCUGGCGCAACUCUUGGUACACUCAUCAGUUGUUUCUCCACACUGAUCAUCGCCGUUGUAAUAUCUCUGGCCAUUGGCUGGAAAUUGGCGCUUGUCUGCUGUUGUGCGCUUCCCGUUAUUCUCGGGACCGGCUUUUUCAGAUUCUACAUUCUGGCCAAGUUCACCUCUACCGCACAGAAGCAUUACGAAAAAUCCGCCGGCUACGCGUGUGAGCACACCAAUGCGAUCAGGACGGUGGCUUCUCUGACGACAGAACAAGAGAUUUACGGCCAAUACCGCAAGCAACUCCGAGACCAGCUUGGUACAUCUCUGAAAGCGAAUCUGCGCAAUUCCUCUCUGUAUGCGGCGUCACAGUCGGCCAUGUACUUGGCGUUCGCAUUGGGAUUCUGGUAUGGUGGCAAACUCAUGAUCAGUGGAGAGUAUACUUUGAUCCAGUUUUUCAUCGUCUUCUCGGAGAUCAUAUUUGGAGCGCAGUCCGCCGGGACGGUGUUCUCAUUCGCGGGGGAUAUGUCGAAGGCUAGAAACGCAGCAGCCACGUUAAAGAAGCUCUACGAUCGUCAGCCCACGAUUGAUCCGUGGUCAACCGACGGCGAAGCCAUCGACACUGUAGAAGGAUUGAUCGAAUUCCGUGAUGUUCACUUCCGGUAUCCCAGUCGUCCCGAUGUGCCUGUGCUUCGGGGACUAAAUCUUACUGUGAGACCUGGGCAGUAUGUUGCUCUUGUGGGUGCUUCAGGUUGUGGAAAGUCGACGACUAUUGCGAUGAUGGAGCGUUUCUACGAUCCCCUCGCCGGCGGUGUCUACAUUGACGGCCAGGAGAUCUCGAGUCUCAAUCUCAACGACUACAGAUCGCAUCUUGCCCUUGUCUCUCAAGAACCAACGCUGUAUCAAGGAACGAUCAAGGAAAAUGUGCUCCUGGGGGUCGAUAGGGGUGAGGUGUCAGACGAGCAAGUCAUACGGGCCUGCAAGGAUGCUAAUAUCUAUGACUUCAUCAUGUCACUACCUGAUGGAUUUGCAACGGAUGUUGGAAGCAAGGCAGCUCUACUUUCGGGCGGACAGAAGCAACGGAUUGCUAUUGCCCGAGCACUGAUCCGUGAUCCUAAGGUUUUACUCCUUGACGAGGCGACAUCUGCAUUAGAUUCGGAAUCGGAAAAGGUCGUGCAGGCGGCUCUUGACGCAGCCGCCAAAGGCCGAACAACCAUUGCUGUGGCACAUCGCCUCAGCACCAUUCAAAAGGCAGAUAUCAUCUAUGUCUUCGACAAAGGUGUCAUUGCCGAGUCUGGUACGCACUCGGAACUCAUGGCUUUGAAAGGAAGAUACCGGGAGCUUGUAAGUCUGCAGAGUUUGGAGAAGCAGAAUUGA